GAUACUGAAAUGUUUAUGAACAAUGAAAGAAUGGUGGGCCCUUAGUUACCAUAAAUUUAUCGAUCAAACACACCGCUGAGAAUUCAGACACUUCGCAUCGAGAAAAGUUUAUGCGAACGAAAGCCCUUAUCAGAAACAAUGUCUUUGUUGGAGGACAUCAACACAAUUAAAUUGCUUUCCAAUUUGUUGAAGCCACCGGAUCAAUCAAGCGAUUCUGAGGAUGAGAGAAGUACUGUUAACUCAAGCAGUGUGUCGAAAUUCGGACCUGGCGAUAUUUUGCCACAUAAAACGAAAACAGGUCAGGAGAAUCGUGAUGAAAAUUGGAAAGACUGCAGUCCACCAAAAGUUGUGAAAAAAUCUCCAACUUCGAUCGAGGAGUGGGAAGAAUUGCAACUGCGGUCUGACUUUGACGAAUUGGAUACACGAAAGAGACCCGACUAUACUGUGUCCUACAAGCAAGAUGUUAAGACCGAAGAUGUGUUCUUACAACUGUCCAACAAAACGACAUCUACAUCCAGCUGCGAUGAGAUAAUUAUUAAAAUUACAAUGCCGGACGAAACGGUGACCAUUGACGGCAUUAAACUAUCAGUAUCGAGAGAUGAUAUUGAUUUGGGAACGCCGGUGUAUCGACUUAAAUUACCGUUAAUGCAACCGAUAAAUCCCGAUUUGGGUAAAGCGUCGUGGGAUAAAGAGAAAAAGAUCUUAACGCUUCGAUUGAAAAUGGAUCGCGAGUUCGAUUAUGUGAAUUUUUAACACGGGAAAAAUAAUUGAUUUUGCUAUUUUACACAAAUCAGCUGUAGUAAGGCAAUCAUGCUGUUUUCAUUCUAUUUUCCAAAUAAAUUAUUUUGUGAUUUGGUAUGGACAGAGUUUCUAA